AACAAUGCCUUGAUAUCUCGUAACACUGACUUCUGUGCCAUCUGAUCUAUAAUUUAAACUAGAGUAGCAAAUAGCAUCAGCUUUGCAUGGGAAGAUUAUAAAGUAUUGCAUCAUUAAGUUUUCUAUAUAGAGAAAAACUUCAUUGUUCAGCAUUUUAAAGCUGUGUUUGAAACUAUCACUUUCGUAGCUCAAGUUAAGUUACUAACUUGACGGACACGUUAACCGGAGAAAAGAAUGGGUAUCGGGAACUUGUUGUUUUUCAUCCCGCUACUUGCGGUCGCAUCCUCUCAAUCGCUGAACGAUCCAUGGUUGCGAGAUCCCCUGCUCGUAGGCCUCUGGAAACUGACAAGGGCCAUCAACGGCUUCGGAUUCAAUCUGUUCGAAGAUUUGGUCAUCGCUGAAGAAGGAAACGUGCUCAUUUGCCCAUAUUCUUUAGCCACUGCUCUUGGGAUACUUCAUUUCGGAUCCGAAGGCGACACCGAAAAGGAAUUGUCUUAUGUUUUGGGUUAUGAAGCGGUCAAUCUAACGAAAGACGAAGCAGCCCAAACAUUCUAUUUGCUUUCAACCAAACACUUGAAAAGUUCCAAUCCAAAAUUAUACUUCUUCGAUGCCCCCAGCACUAUCGUGGUCAACCGAAAAAAUGGUGUACUUCCCACAUUCCAGCGUACGGUAGAAGUAUUAUUUCAGGCUCCUGUGACAGUAUCCGACUUCGUAGAAUCGGGAGAAGAGCUGAUUCGAUCUCUUAAUGAGUGGGUAGCUGCUCGCACAAAGAACAAAAUUCAUCAUAUUAUAUAUUCUGUAGAUCCUUUCUCUGAUAUGAUCAUUUUGAAUGCGGCGUUCUUCAAAGGAGCAUGGAUGCAUAAGUUCUCGCCUCAGGCGACACAACCUGGGGUAUUCUACAAUUAUGGAGAACUCUCAAAACCAAGGAGUGUCCAAAUGAUGCGAAUGACAGAGGUACUGAGCUAUCACAAAGACCAGCACCAUAGCGUUCUGGAACUUCCCUUCAAAGGACGAAAUGUCAGCAUGAUAAUAUUUCUUCCGGACAGCUUCCAUGGAAUCGAAGAGUUACAGUACCAAUUCUCCCCAGAAUUUUUCGAGCAACAGGUAUUGCAGAUGAUUCGAUCCGAAGUGGAAGUUAUUCUUCCUAAAUUUAAAGUAAGAUUCGGCGAGGAUUUAACGGGGAAUCUGCAAGGACUGGGAGCAGAGACACUGUUCAACCCAGAAAGAGUGGACUUGGCUCACAUGAUUCGCAGGGACACGUUAACUAUCGGUGAAGUUUAUCACAAAACCAUGGUGUCAGUAACAGAAGGUGGUGUUGAAGCAGCAGCCACGACGGCAAUCUUUAGUUUCAAGUCAAUCCCUUCUGUGAUGGAUAUUCCAGAUUUUCUAGUAGAUCAUCCGUUUUUGUUUGUUAUAUAUGAAAGAAGGAUAAAAAUGAUUUUAUUUGUCUGUCGUGUGAUGGAAUUGUAAUGCAUGAUUCCUUUGCUUUUUUUCCUUGUAUGUAAAAAAAAUUCUAUAAAGCAAAAGAAUUAA